GUCUGCCCUUUUCGCUCACUCGCCCGCCCCCUCCCAAAGUGUGGCCUCCCCUUCUCUUGUGUCUCCUCACCCACCCCUUUCUCCCUUCUCCCUCGUCUCGACACCUCCAUUCGGCCUCUUGUUGUCUGGACGGAUUACCGGGGCUAACGGGAGAGGCCCAAAAAAAAGGGAUAUCGCGAGUAUUGGAGUUUUGGUGAGAGUUUGUGGAAGAUGGCGCCUGUUGUGACGGGGAAGUUUGGGGAGCGCCCUCAGCCACAGCGGCUUACCAGAGAAGCCAUGAGGAAUUACCUGAAGGAGCGAGGGGACCAAACCGUCAUGAUCCUGCACGCAAAGGUCGCACAAAAAUCCUACGGCAACGAGAAAAGGUUCUUCUGCCCUCCCCCUUGUGUGUACCUGAUGGGCAGCGGCUGGAAAAAAAAGAAGGAGCAGAUGGAGCGGGACGGCUGCUCCGAGCAGGAGUCGCAGCCGUGCGCCUUCAUCGGCAUCGGCAACAGCGACCAGGAAAUGCAGCAGCUUAAUUUAGAGGGGAAGAACUAUUGCACUGCCAAAACCUUGUACAUAUCGGACUCCGACAAGAGAAAGCACUUCAUGUUGUCUGUCAAGAUGUUCUACGGCAACAGCGCCGACAUCGGUGUCUUCCUCAGCAAGAGGAUCAAGGUCAUCUCCAAGCCCUCCAAAAAGAAACAGUCCCUGAAAAAUGCCGACUUAUGCAUCGCGUCAGGCACUAAGGUGGCGCUGUUCAAUCGUCUGCGUUCCCAAACAGUCAGCACACGCUAUCUCCAUGUAGAGGGGGGCAACUUCCACGCCAGCUCCCAGCAAUGGGGAGCCUUCUACAUCCAUCUGCUGGAUGACGAGGAGUCGGAGGGGGAAGAGUUCACGGUGAGAGACGGUUACAUCCACUACGGCCAGACGGUCAAGCUCGUGUGUUCGGUGACCGGCAUGGCGCUGCCCAGACUGAUCAUCCGUAAGGUGGAUAAGCAGACGGCGCUGUUGGACGCCGACGAUCCGGUCUCCCAGCUCCACAAGUGUGCCUUCUACCUGAAGGACACCGAGCGCAUGUACCUGUGCCUCUCGCAAGAAAGGAUCAUCCAGUUUCAAGCCACACCGUGCCCAAAGGAACCAAACAAGGAGAUGAUCAACGACGGCGCCUCCUGGACAAUCAUCAGCACGGACAAGGCCGAGUACACUUUCUACGAGGGCAUGGGCCCCGUCCAGUCGCCUGUCACCCCCGUGCCUGUGGUCGAGAGCCUGCAGCUCAACGGUGGCGGAGACGUGGCCAUGCUGGAGCUGACGGGACAGAACUUCACUCCGAAUCUGCGUGUGUGGUUCGGAGACGUCGAGGCUGAGACCAUGUACAGGUGUGCGGAGAGCAUGUUGUGCGUAGUGCCCGACAUCUCUGCCUUCCGCGAAGGCUGGCGCUGGGUGCGGCAGCCCGUCCAGGUGCCCGUCACGCUGGUAAGGAACGACGGCCUCAUCUACUCCACCUCACUGACCUUCACCUACACGCCGGAACCCGGGCCGCGGCCGCACUGCAACGCCGCUGGCGCCAUCCUGCGGGCCAGCAACUCGGGCCUGCUGAGCAACAGCGGCGCCCCGGAGGCGGGAGCCGGCGUCUACGGUCCCGGAACGGGCGUAACGUCCUCGUCAGCUGCCGCCGCUGUGGUCUCCUAACGCUCAAUCCACGAGCUAGGAUACCGCCAGGUAGAGAACAAUUUGGAAUACUUCAACAAAAUACACAAAAAAAGUUUUGUGUUUCAGUUAUGGAUAAUAUGGAAAUGACGUAACGAAAUAAAUGUUCGGAACAAAGGAAGAAACGCGGGGUAAAUCUGAAGGAGUGAUGUCACAAAGCUGCCCUCGUGACAGGACAGGGCAGAACGUGGUCUCCGCUCACCCCCCGCCGGGAUCCGGUCCUGGUGUUCGGGAAUGUCGCCGCUUCCCGGUACAGGUUCCUGUUCCCGUUUUGCACUGCCCUCCAAAUGCUUCCCAAUCCCAAGUAUUCCUCCUGCGUUAGCUGUGCUUUGGGGAUGUGUUGUUGUCGGAGGCGGCGCGAGGACGCAGAGGGACACACAAACGUGACGUUAACGUAGUUUUUUUUUCUGGACCAAGGAUCUUGUAUAAGCUUUAGUAAAGGUACACUUUUCUCCAUACCUUUUUUAUAUAAAACAUAUUGUACACUUUUGUUACCAAAUAGUUUGUAUUCCUCCUAUGAACUUGUGCCCCCCCCCAAACCCCUGCCCUUACUUUCCCUCUUUCUUCUGUUGGAGGGGGGAGAAUCUAAAAGUGUGUGUGUGUGUGUGUGUGUGUGUGUGUGUGUGUGUGUCAGGGGAACCACCUCAGAGGGCCUAUUUUUUAUUCUCCUUGGUUUUUAUGAAGUCUUUAAAAGAAAAGCUUUAAGCAACGCCUCUGCCUUGCCUGCAAUACGUGCGCCAUGUCUCCGCUUUGGAUUCCCACUCAUCACUGGAGCUCUUUUUUUUUUUUUUUUUUUUCACGGACAAAAAAAAAAUAAAAAGGACGGACUCAUACAAGUCUGGAAAGAGAGAGCAAGAGAGCCUUAGUCCUGUGCAAGAGAACUGUGUGUGUAUAAAGUCCAUAUGUGUGUCCGUGGAUCACGUGGAUGCGUCUUCCAAGUGAGAGCAACAAAAAAGACACUUUUUCAAUUCAAUGUGGCCUUACUGACAAGUUCAGUGACAAAAAAAAAAAAAAAACGCUUCUGCUCACCUUCAUGUCCAGUUUCUCCGCCGGUACUGUCACACGAGAGCCUUCGUUUUUCUAAAUCAAGUGGUUGCACUCACGGAGCAUAUCAAGGCCUUCUUUGUGUUGUUCAAGCUUUCCUAACAGCAAUAUUGUACAGCUCAUGAGCACUACGACUUCACCAGCCAGUAUAUGCCGCGUGCGUGUGUGCGUGUUGUUGAAAAGAAAUAUUGAGUUGGUCACACUCCAUUGACUCUCCAAAUAGUCCAAAAGGAAGAUAAAGCAGGCAAAUACGUGUGACCUUACCAUACGACUGUAAAGUUGAAUGUGUGCUGAAUGAAGUGCGCCAAUAAGUUUGGAACAAAAAAAAAAAAAAAAAAAAAGGCAACCACAAAUUAAGUUAUGCCACCCUCAUCUGCCUGUUUGUCAUGUAAUGUUUGAUAUUUUAAUAUUUUAAAUUAUUGGUACAAAGUUUCCCCCUCAUGUCAAAAAAGUGCAUUAUUGCCUGUGCUGCCUCGGUGGGCCUGGGAUUUGUGUUGUUGUUAUCAUGAUCAUCGGUAAAUGUGUGGAUUUGUCGAGCAACGAAGCAGAGUGUAGCGACACAAAUACCCUUUAGCAGCCAGGUCCGGCCCUCCUCCGCCUCCGGUGAUAUUUUUGGGUUUUGUUUACAUGUCGACCCUCAUCUUCCUCCUCAUCUCGCGCCUUGUCCGACGAGUACACCGGGCUCGAACUGUGAGCCUUUCUGUGUUUAAAGGGACUUCACGGAGGGCUGCAAAAACAUGUUACAUGCCUUCUUAUCAUUAUCCCUUUUUUCCCCCCCUCUCUUCUGGAAGCAGCUUUUGUUUUUUAACGGUUAUAAUGAGAGCCGAACAAUGUAUGUAAGCUCUUACAAAUGCCAAAUGUCUGAUCAUGUAGGUCUUUUUCAUGCACUGCACAGUGAGAGGCAGCUUUAAACAUAACAGUGAAAAUAAAUAAAUAAAAAUCUCGCUAAGCCAUACUCAAAGGUCCCAUGCCAUCAUUGUUCUGUUUUUGUUGUCAAAAUCUUUGAUGUCCUUUUAUCAGGUGUGCCUGAUAAUUUGGGUUGGAAAUGCCCAGGAUGCCUUUUAUCAGGCCAUUCUAGUUGGUCUUUUACACCAGGCAAUUGGGAAGGCCGGAUUUCCUAUUUGAUAUAUAAACUAGCUUUGCUCUGAUCGGUCCUUGGUGGUGAUGUGGCAGCGAAGCGUACAUAGCGACGUUGCGUUUGGAUCCCUUCGUUGUAAGAUCCAUCGUUCCGGAGCACAAUUCAGUAAGCGUUGGGAUUGUUGGCCCACUAAUAAUAUUAGUAUUAGUAUUUUGAGGUUAUGCUCGUCCUCCACUCCAAUUCACUUGAAGUGAAGUCUGCACGCAACGUAUAUCGCUCAUGCACAUUUUGGAGACAAUGAAUGCAAACUUUACUGUUUUAUCAACAGUGGCAUCAUACAUUUUGUUGUAAACCAACAUGUAUACUUUAUAGACUGUGUUUGUAUGGCUUGGCAGCGGCUGAGACUCGCUCGCUUAGAACCCAGAAAUGCCAUGUUGCCGUUCAGCUGAGUUGAGCGGGUGGGUACCAACCACCAGGUGGGCAGGUACUUGAAUAAUUAGUAACCAUCUACAUCACAAACAGAGAAAUCUCAUCCGGUCGUUUUGCAAGCCUUAUCUCGUUUAUUGCCUUUUGUAUUCAAUCGACAAACAGCAUAGAUGUCAAACUUAAAACCAUGUCAGAUUUGUUUUGACCUACUUAUGCAUAAACCAUUUUUUUAUUAUUAUUUUGAUGGCAUGGGACCUUCAAGACAAUUUAAAGUGCAAACUUUUUUUCUCUCUCUCACUAUUUACACCCCUUAUUUAAUAUCACUGUCACUAUCCUUCGCUCACUCACUGUAUCUGUGUUAUUCUAGUACUGGUCAUUGUGGUAGUAUACUCAGUGCUCAAAGGGUAGAAACCUGUACUGUUUAACAUUUAGCAAUAGCAUCAAAAACAAGGGGGUGAGUAUUUUGUAUUUCAUUGAAUUUUUUUGGGGAAUAGCAUAGUCUUUGUUUUUGUACAUAUCACGGCUCUGGAUCUGAAACCUGUAUGUCAUUGGAAAAAAAAACAAGGGGGAAAAUGGCAUAAAACAGAAUAAACAAAAAGUAAUAAAGUCCAA